GUCCUCCCAAACAGCUUGCAUAUUGCUAUUGCAUAGAUCUCUUUUCUUCUUCCCUUGUCGCCUUGCUUGCAACAUCGUCACUACCGACUCUAAUACAAGGCCCAGACCUCGCGCUCACAGCCAUCAUCUUCCAACAUGGCUUCCACAGUGAACCAACAGCAACCCUUCCCGGCCGUACCUCCAUCUCUUUCCGCUGGCGAUCAUGAGAUGCGAGACUACUACGCCCCACAUGAUGCACCACGACCUACCAUAAACCGGACACCAUACCUUACACCAUACCUCGGCCUUCGAGCUAGACUCUCACAGAUAUGGAUCAACCGUUGGACUAUCCUUCUCCUGCUCGUACUCGUCCGACUUCUCUUCGCCAUUGCGGGCACCAACUCGAGCCUUUCCUCUGCUCGCCGAGAGGCUCUCAGCGCAUGCACCCAAGUCGAGAACAUCGGAAGCUCCAUGGCUUCCAUGCCCCACUACAUGGCCCAGGGCAUGAACGAAAUGACCGCCACCAGUGUCGAAAAGGCCAUCAGUGGCCUCAUGCAGAUGCUCGAGCUCAGUGUCACCGCCGUCGAGGAGAUCAUCAUCUUCGUCAUUCACAUGAUGACUAGCACCUACCUCUGCCUCAUCACCCUCGCCGUUCGCGGCAGCAUGAAGGCAGCCGUAGAGAUUGGCGAAAAGAUCUCCGAGGGCUUGAACAAGACCAUCGACGAGGUGACCGACAGCAUGGGUGAUGCCACCAAGACUGUCACCGACGGCAUCAACUCAAUUCUCGACAAAAUUCAAAGCCUGCCCUUCACCGAUGACUUCAAGCCACCUACAAUCGACCUCAGCAAUGAAAUCACGAAGCUCAAGGCGCUCGAAGCACCCCCAGAAAUUCAGGAGGGAAUCAACAAGCUCAACGGUUCUAUUCCCACCUUCGAUCAAGUGCAGAACUUCACCGACACUGUCCUCCGCUUUCCUUUCGAGGAAGUCAAGAAACUCAUCAGAGGAUUGGAUAAAUACGAGUUCAACCGCACUUUGCUUCCCGUGCCUCAGAAAGAACGGCUUACGUUCUGUUCGGAGGGUAAUUCUAUCAACAGCUUCUUCGACGAACUUAUCGAACUUGGAAUUACCGGCCGCAGAAUCGCUCUUGCCGUCUUGAUCGUCGCCGCCAUUCUCGUCUGCGUUCCCAUGGCCUGGAUUGAGAUCCGUCGCUACCGCCAAAUGAAAGAACACGCGGAACUCUUCCAGAAAGGCCACGAUGGGAUGGACGUCGUCUAUUUUGCCUCUCGCCCCCACUCCGCAAGCUGGGGCUUGUGGCUCGGCCAACGUUUUGGCUCUGAACGCCGCCAGACAAUCGUACGCUGGGCAUGGGCAUACGCAACUUCCGUCCCCAUGCUCCUCUUGCUCGCUCUCGGUAUCGCUGGACUCUUCUCCUGUCUCUGCCAAUACCUCCUCGUGAGGGCCAUACAGAAGAAGGUUCCAGAGCUCACCGGCCAGGUUGCUGAUUUCGCGGAAAAGGUCAUCACGUCUCUUGACGCUUCGUCCAUGUCAUGGUCGAAUGGUGUCAACGGGGUGAUCGACAAGCUUGAUAGCGAAAUCAACGAAGACAUCUUUGGCUGGGUCAAUACAACCACCGAAGCAGUCAACGGCACCCUCAACACAUUCGUAGAGGAAAUGAGCAAGACCCUAGAUACGGCGUUCGGCGACACGAUCCUGCGCGACCCCAUUGGUGACGUCCUCAACUGCCUAAUCGGUCUGAAGAUUGCAUCUUUCCAGAAAGGACUUACCUGGGUUCGUGACCACGCCCACGUUGGUUUCCCAGGUGUGCGCAACGACAGCCUCUCCAUAAGCGCCCUGGCCAACAACGGUGACUCUUCCUCAGCUGCCGAACUACUCGCUGAUCCCAACGGCAAGGCCAGAGACGAAAUUACCGAAGCUGUCGACUACGUUGUCGGCAAGAUCAUCUCUGGCAUCAUCACCGAAGCGCUCAUCUCCACAGCUCUCAUCUGUAUCUACUUGUUAAUCGCUCUUGGUGGCGUGAUCUACGCCUGCACUCUCUUCCCGCGCCGCAAUCGGUCUGUUCCUGCAGACCCGUACAUCAUCAACCCGGUCCUUGCGGACGAGAAUGCACCAAAAUCUGGGCCAAAUGCACGUGACUAUCCCGAGACUGCUGCUCCGCCAUACGAGUAUCACACUACGAAGCCGUCGUACACAAUCACACCUCGACCAUUCCGCACAACCGAGAACAACACGGAAACGGUCGGCCAAGUCGCGGCCCAACACUCGGUCAUCGAAUCUGCCCACCCAGGGCAUGCACGAAGCAGCAGUCAUGGUCAUUUUGCAGACCCCUCACCCCUCGACGAGAAGUCCAAUCCUUUCGCCUCACCUACCGAGCAGAAGCGAAACCCCUUCCACUAGAUCCGUAUUCAUCGAUUAGCACCCCCAUCCUCACAUGACCUUUUCGUUCGCGUUCUGAGUCUCCCGAGGCUGGGAUGUGCUAGCUACAUCGAUCUGUGAUGUAGACGUAAUUGCUCGGGUUACGUACCUUGGUCCCUAAGGUCUCUCUUUAUCAGGUGAUGCUUUGCUCUCUGAUUUAGUAACCCCAGAUUGCAGGAGCUAACGCUUCUCUCUGGGAUGAAACUGGUAUUUCAUAUCUACAUUCUUUUCAAUUUAAUUGCCCCAGCUUCGGUCUGAUGCCUUCUCGCUCGACCAAGCGGGCAUAAUGUAUUUUCGGUUUAUUUGUUAUGUGUUGUGCUCUGCACAUUGUCAGGCGGCGUUGGAAGAUAUCCCCUCAGUAAUUGGCAUAUUUCGAAGUUUUUAGGAUACCUCUUUUCAUUGUUUUUCAA